AAAACCCCUUAAUUACUGCUCCCUUUCCUGAAAUUUGUAAGGCUGUUUGGUGGAACUCAGGACAAUAUUGAAGGCAGUGAAGCUGGUCCCCUUGGUGUCUCCUUCCCAUCCUCUGUAUGCACAUGCUUGUGGCCUCUUUGGUUCCAGCUUUGCUGUGGCUGUGUGCACCCUCCUGCCGAGCCUGGGAACAGCGUGCAUGCUUGCUCUCUCCAGAACGGUGCAUGAGGGAUGUGUCGUGCUGGUGCAUGAGGAGAGGGCAGUCCCUGGCAGUGACAGUGGCUGCAGGUGAAGUGCUGCUACCAAACAGAGACAGUGAUGGAGUUUAUCAUAGGAGCCUCUGUGAAGCUGUUUUUUUGAAGUAAUGCCAAUAGAAAGUGGAAGUUGUGCAUCUGCUCGCCAAGCAAAGCAGAAACGUAAAUCACACAGUCUUUCCAUCCGGAGAACCAACAGUUCCGAGCAGGAACGGGCAGGGCUGCAGAGAGACAUGUUGGAAGGGCAGGAUUCUAAACUACCAUCUUCUGUCCGGAAUACACUCCUUGAACUUUUUGGACAGAUAGAACGGGAAUUUGAAAACCUAUAUAUUGAAAAUUUGGAAUUGCGUAGAGAGAUCGAUACACUGAAUGAGCGUUUAGCAGGUGAAGGACAGACAGUUGAUGGAGCUGAACUGAGCAAAGGACAGCUGAAAACAAAAGCCAGUCAUAGUACCAGUCAGCUUUCUCAGAAAUUAAAGACAACUUACAAGGCAUCUACUAGCAAGAUUGUAUCCAGUUUUAAAACUACAACAUCGAGGGCAAUCUGUCAACUGGUAAAGGAAUAUGUUGGCCACAGGGAUGGUAUUUGGGAUGUCAGUGUCGCGAAAACUCAGCCAGUGGUGUUGGGAACUGCAUCUGCUGAUCACACUGCUUUGCUGUGGAGCAUAGAAACAGGGAAGUGCCUUGUCAAGUAUGUAGGGCAUGUUGGAUCAGUAAACUCCAUAAAGUUUCAUCCCACUGAGCAAGUGGCUCUUACAGCAUCUGGAGACCAGACAGCUCACAUCUGGAGAUACAUAGUACAGUUACCUACACCUCAGCCAACUGCAGACUGCAAUCAAGUGACUGGAGAAGACGAAGUUGAGUUCUCAGAUAAAGAUGAACCUGAUGGAGAUGGGGAUGGUUCCAGUGAUUGCCCCACUGUCAGAGCCCCCUUAACUUCACUGAAAAGCCAUCAAGGAGUGGUCAUAGCAGCUGACUGGCUGGUUGGGGGGAAGCAGGCAGUGACAGCAUCGUGGGAUAGGACAGCAAAUCUGUACGAUGUAGAGACUUCUGAACUUGUCCAUUCUCUUACAGGGCACGACCAAGAGCUCACGCAUUGUUGUACACAUCCCACCCAGCGUCUCGUGGUGACAUCAUCCCGCGACACAACCUUCCGCCUGUGGGAUUUCAGAGAUCCUUCUAUCCAUUCUGUGAAUGUCUUUCAGGGCCACACAGACACUGUGACAUCUGCAGUUUUCACUGUGGGAGACAAUGUUGUUUCUGGUAGUGAUGACCGUACAGUAAAAGUCUGGGAUUUGAAAAACAUGAGGUCUCCUAUUGCAACAAUCCGUACAGAUUCUGCAGUCAACAGGAUUAACGUAUGUGUUGGCCAAAGAAUCAUCGCCCUUCCACAUGACAACCGACAGGUCAGAUUGUUCGACAUGUCAGGAGUGCGAUUAGCGCGGCUCCCCCGCAGUAACAGACAGGGGCACAGGAGGAUGGUUUGCUGCUCCGCCUGGUGUGAGGACCAUCCCAUAUGUAACCUCUUCACGUGCGGGUUUGAUCGUCAGGCUAUCGGGUGGAACAUCAACAUCCCUGCGUUGCUACAAGAGAAGUGAAAUCCUGAAAGAGUUUCUGCGUUUGUGUCGCCAUGGACUUCUACACUUUGGCAGGCUGCUCUCAACACUGGUCUGCUGUCGCUGUAAAAGCUCUUCCGUAAGGGGAGGCUCGAGCAAAUGUUGUUCUUGUUACCACGUUGUGCACAGUUUGCAUGAGUUGUACAGAAGAUGUGAUUUUUUUAAAAAUUAGUUUGUCUUGUGUAUGAACUUUUAUAUUUUGGCAUCCACUGGUCAAUAUGUUCACUGUUGCAUAGAGCACAUAAAUGUUCAUAAAUUAUUUAGCAUUCAGUAGUUACACAGUAGGGCAUUACAUUUGUGACAUAAAUGUGAAACUUAUGUAAUUACUGUAGAGAGUGUAUAGCAGUCUGUUAUGUUUUUCCAUGAAUCUACAUAUCUGCCUUGUGUUAAAAAGAAUCUGCAGGGCUAAAACUUUGAAAUGAAGUGGGAAUUUCACUAGUUGUAUGAUUGUAAACAUUUUCCUGUUUGCAUCUGAUUUGGAAUACUUUUUUUAGUGCUGCGUUAUAGUGCAACUUCAACUCCAUUUUUAUUCCAGUUACUGAAGAAAUAGUAGAUUUGAGAAGGAGAAUGCAAGCAACUUGUGGUGAAUAUAGACUGCCAGGUUUAUAUGUAAUGCUUUUUUUACUUUUUUUUUUUGAAAAAAGAAAAAUAUUCAUUCUGCCCUUCUUAUAUAAAGUGAUUCUAAAACCUCAUUGCAUUUCAUACUAGCAAAAAUCCAGAAUAUUAUAAUUCUAAUCACUGAAAUCUGGUCAAGCAAAUUCUGAAGCACUUUAGUUUAUAGCUAUUGUUAUAAACCAUUUAUGAAAGUUUGACUUUACCAGUGAAUGUGAGCUGACCUUUGUAAGAAGGAUUACUUCUUUUUGGUGAUCUGCCCAGAAAGGAAAUAGGUUUUUUUGGGGGUGGUGUUUUUGUUUAUGUACUUACAGUGAGCAUAUUUUCAAUUUGUGUUCACUUCCCAUAUUUUUAUUUUGAGCCAGCAAUACAAAGCAAAUGAGUUCUACCUCAGAAAUAAAUGAUGGUCAAGAUUCGUCGAAUCUCUCUGUAGCCUAGAAAAAAGCACUUUUGGUCUCUGCCUGAAGUACUGUCUAACAGGAGAGGAAAGACAAUCAUACUACAUGCGAUCCUUAAGGUAAUUAACACUUAAAGCUAGUGGAGCAAUACAGUCUGUAAAUAUCACCUGUUACCUUUCUGUUCUCAGCCACGACAAGGGCUGCUGCCGUCCCUGUCCUGUUCCAGAAGGGGAUAAUUAACAUAAGUCUCCCUUCUUUCUCCCAAAUGAUCUUACUCUGGUUUUGCUCCUUACUGUACUUGGCUGUUCUUUGCACUGGCAGUGGGGUGUUACACUGCAGCUGCUGCUGAGGUAAGGAAAUGCAGUGGCAGCUGAUGCCUUCAAAAGAACAGGAAGGCUGCUUCAGACAGACACCUCUGUUUGGCUAAAGGGAGAUGGUGCCCCCAUAACUGUCUGACAUAUCACAGUAUAAGAUGAAGGGUGAGGGUAAGCCAAAGGUGCACUCUUACAGGGGGAAUCGUGGGGUUUAUGGUGGGUUGGCAGAAGUAUUAGGGGCUUUUAUCUCAUCAUUAUGAUUUUGUGAAACUAUAGCUGUGCUCAUGUCCUCUACAGCACUGUUAUAAUGACGUGAAGACAGUUGUGUUAGCUGGUUCUCCUGUUACCUAACAUAUAUAUAUGGGCAUGGGAGUGCAAUGGUAUUGGAUGAUGAGUGCAUCAGUGAGGAGCUGUAGGAAAACAGAGGUCCUAGACAUAGUUUUGGAGUGUAGCAUUAAGGAAGCUCAAAAUAUUUAAUGGAGGAUGUAUAUGUAAUAUCUUUAUAGUACAGGUCCUCAUAGUAGUUUGAUCCCUUGUUUUUUUCUUUUGUGAGGUUUGUUUUUUUUUUUUUCUUUUUUUUGGAUACAAGAUGCAUACACAGCUGUGCUGGAGUAAUCUUAAAUACCAAAACCAGUGAGGUUGCACAAAGCAGCUGCAGAGUUUUAAGUCUUCUGCUGAUAAGAGUUAAAUGAUGCUGUCAAAGUUUAUUUUCACUUUUUUUUUUUUCUCCUGGGAUUUUAGCUCAGGUAAAGCUGUUUAAUGUUGAGUUACAGGUUUUAUUCCUUAAGAAAAGAAGACUCACUAUUUUAGUUGGUGAAAGGAAGAAUUUUACAAAGGUUUACGCUGUUUAAAAAAAGAGAGAAAUAUCUGGUCAAUUAAAGCAGUUUCUCCAGCAUGGCCUGCAUGUAGUAUCUUGAGCAAUGGCUGUCCUUUAUGACCUGAGGUGGGGGAGAGGGUCACUGGUUUUGGUCCUGCUAAAGUGUCUGUUUGAACUUCUCUAAUACAUAUGUAAUACAGGACCACUGGACUCUAUGCAGUUUAAUCAUCAUUGCUGCAAACUUUUUAUAUCACCAGAGGGACCAUCCUCUGGCACCAGGAAUGGGUUAUUACAUUGUUUCAUUUUGAAAAAAAAUCAAGCAAACAAGGUGCUAGAGCCACGUUCUUAUGAGCAGGCUAAUACUUAAAUCAGCUGAACACUUAACUAUCACGUAGCUUAAUUUUAUAUAUUGUACUGAAGGGUGAGCAGAACUACCAUUCCCCUUGAAGCAAAACAUGUCAGCAGUGGUGAAUAAUACAACAUUGACUUAAGAUGUGGAAAGCAUUUCAUGGCUUUUAAUGUUUUAAAGAGUGUUUCUCAGCACUGAACAAUGUCCAGCAUUUCAUAAAAUGGAGGAAAGUUGCAGUUAAAGUUUCAGUAUUGUGCAGGAUUUCACAGAAAACUCAUCACUGGGCAAAACCAAGCUUCUGUGUCUUUCAAGCAAUGCACAUCAGUUUUCACAAAGUUUCUGUAUAAUUUACAGUCAUAAAGAUCUGGAAUGAAACAUCUUAUUUGUUGCCUAAGUCUGUGAAAACUACCUUUUGGGGAAUUUAUAAGUUAUGUGGAACCACUUUUUAUUAUUCUGCUAAUUUGUUUUUAGAUGUAAAAUGUUUUUCUUCAUUACAAUUCAAAAUGCAUUAAAACAUUCAACAAUUUUU